GAUGAGCAAAACGCAAAGCUCAAAUCUACCAUGCUUUGCACUGUGGCCACUUAUCAUUGAUGAUGUGAUGAUGCAUGCAAGAAAAGAAACGCGAACAGAGAAGCAAGGUAGCUCAAUUAAAUUAAAAUCCAGCAAAAAGUCUCUCUUUCUUUCUCUCUCUCUGGCUCCACUUUUGAACCAAGCACUCACGAGACACCCUUGAAGCUUCACCCUUUGAAUUCAUCUUUAUGCUGCUACACGACCUAAUCCUCCUCACCCCUCCUAUUACCAGAAACAAACCGUGAAAACUGCUUCUUCUCUUCUCUUCUCAUCUCAUCUCUAUCUAUCUCCUUACAAUUCCCAUCUUCACCAACGCUCCCUGCAGUUACUUCCAAUUCUUAUGUUCAUGUUUUGCAGAAAUUUUCACCCUUGACAGCUUUGAGACAAUUGCUUGAUAUGAACAAAUCUUUUGCAAUCCAAAAGGGUCUUCUCUGAAUUCGUAAAUGAGUCAUUUUGACUCGUAUUCUGCUUCCUGUUCUUCAUUUUCUGUUGGAGCCUAUGUUUCGGAAUCGGUUUAUGCACUUCCUGAAAUCGGUUCACACAUUCAGAAGAAAAUCUACUUUUGACAGAUUGUUUUGACAAGCAAGCAUCGGUCACUGCGCAUAUCUGUUUCAGAGGCAUGCACUUUGCCAGAACUUCAAUGGGAGGCUCAUGUUUCCAUGCGCUUCGUCUGAGGAGGUUCAAGAGUAAGCCUCUGCCAGAACCCUCUUCGUCUUCGAGGGCCCGGUUGGAUUCUGACUUGGAGAACAUGGAGAGAAGAAGAUUCGACAGCUUGGAAUCAUGGUCCAUGAUAUUGGACUCCGAGAAUGUGGAAACAUGGGAAGCAUCAAAGGAGGAUCAAGAAGAAUGGACUGCAGACCUUUCUCAACUUUUCAUCGGUAACAAGUUUGCUUCUGGUGCUCACAGUCGAAUUUACCGAGGAAUUUACAAGCAGAGAGCUGUUGCUGUAAAAAUGGUCAGAAUCCCCACACAGGACGAGGAGAGAAGAGGCUUGCUCGAACAGCAAUUCAAGUCAGAAGUUGCUUUACUUUCACGUCUCUUUCACCCUAACAUAGUGCAGUUUAUUGCAGCUUGUAAAAAACCGCCAGUGUACUGUAUCAUAACAGAAUACAUGUCACAAGGAACUCUGAGGAUGUAUCUGAACAAGAAAGAACCAUAUUCUCUUUCGACAGAAACCAUACUAAGGUUAGCUCUUGACAUAUCAAGGGGCAUGGAGUACCUUCAUUCGCAGGGUGUGAUCCACAGAGACCUCAAGUCAAAUAACUUGCUUCUCAACGAUGAGAUGAGGGUUAAGGUGGCAGACUUUGGAACAUCGUGUCUGGAAACACGGUGUCGGGAAACCAAGGGAAACAUGGGAACGUAUCGUUGGAUGGCCCCUGAGAUGAUUAAGGAAAAACCAUACACUCGUAAAGUUGAUGUCUACAGCUUUGGAAUCGUUCUCUGGGAACUCACCACUGCUCUUCUCCCCUUCCAGGGAAUGACCCCUGUUCAAGCUGCUUUUGCUGUUGCUGAGAAGAACGAAAGGCCUCCACUUCCUGCUAGUUGCCAACCAGCACUUGCUCAUCUCAUAAAACGUUGUUGGAAUGCAAACCCUUCGAAGAGGCCAGAUUUCAGUGACAUCGUGUGCACUCUGGAGAAGUACGAUGAGUGUGUGAAAGAGGGUCUUCCUCUGACUCAUCAUUCAGGCCUUGUCAGCAAAAACAUCAUCAUUGAACGCUUAAAAGGUUGCGUCUCUAUGACUUCUUCCAUACCUGUACAGGCUUGAUUCCCUAUAUAAGGUAUAUUGUUGUUGUCAUCAAUCCAUAUUGAAGCUCUUAUAAGUUAUAGAUAUUAUAUUAUACAUGCUUCAUCUUCUUUCAACUCUAUUAUUAUGUAACUGUACCUUUUUUCAGUUGUGUCAAAGGGAUCACUUAUUUCAUUAAAGACAGGUACAACCGAAUUGUUAUCUGCUAAUCUCUUCAUUCCCAAACACACACAACUUUACUACAAGUGGAAUUCAUUACUUCGAUAUAAAAAUUUGAAUUCUCUGUUGAAUUUUUCUAUACUGUUUUUUUACUGUGUCUUCAAAAUAUAUCGCCAGAAAUCGAAACUGUAAUCUGAAGCACUCCAACCUCAACUACCGUAUGUUAACCAAACUCAACAAAGCAACAGCCUCCAUCCUACCAAACAACAUGUACUACUCUGCAUUAAUACAUUGGCAACUGUUCAAUUUUCCACCCACCCACCACAAACGCUGACAUUAUUCUUAACUAAAACUACACUACUGUUGGAACCCUCAUUUAUGUUUAUGUCUUAUCCCUCUUCUUGUCUUGGAAGUUAAUUUCCACUUCAAUUAAGCUAACUAUAAAUUAAUGACUAGAUUUGGACUGUGAUGGUUGCUCAUGAAUAAUUAAAUUUUGAGUUCAGUUGUGAUUGAAGGAAUUGGGUAGAUUCG